CACUUCCGAGUGUUGGGGGAGGGGGGGUUCUUCAGCGCUCGAGAGAGGAUUAACCGCCGCGAGAGAGAGCGAGAGAGAAGCUUCCAGAGGGGCAGCGGCUGCCGAUUUCUGUUAAGAUUCCAUUAAACCAAGCUAUGAAGAAUCAAGACUCUGAGAGUCAGGUCAGCCCUGCUGUUGGUGGCUGUGACAGCCCAGUAGUUGGUGCCGCUGUAGCAGAGAGGCCAGACCCAGCUGGGAAAGAAGACAACUUAGAUGUUGCUCAAUGUGCCGGACACGAAAGCACACACCAAAGCAGCAGUGAAUCAGCUGGUCAGAAUGGAGCCUCAGAGAAGCAGAGUCAGGAUGGUGGUGUCAUUGCCACCACAGGCACAACGAGUGAAACAGCUUCAACAGACCGUAGUGAGGGGACUUCGGUUGCCCAGCCUGUUGCAGUAGAGAUCGAUACCGUCCAGUCUGAAACUUGCACCUCUGAUGUCUCAGAUGAGCUGAGCAGGAAGUUAGAAGACAUCCUGAACACCUAUUGCUCCACACUGGGGGGGCAGGCCGAAGAGACCCCCGAACUGGAAGAAGCGGAGAAAUGCGUCAACAACGAACCUUUGAGAAAUGGGGUGCGAGAGAUCGUGUGCAGAGAGUUAAACGGAGAGAUCGACAAAGUGGUGAAAGCGGUGACUCGGGUGGAGGAUCCCAGAGAAAACGGUGACGUACCAGACAUUAAAGAUCAGAAAAAGGCUCCAGAGAAGAAGAAAGCCAAAGCCUUGGGCAAAGAAAUCACCUUGUUGAUGCAGACACUGAACACUUUGAGCACCCCAGAGGAGAAGCUGGCUGCACUGUGUAAAAAAUACGCAGACAUGCUGGAAGAGCACAGAAAUGCUCAAAAGCAGAUGAGACUGUUGCAGAAGAAGCAAACGCAGAUUGUUCACGAGAAAGACCACCUCCGCAAUGAGCACAGCAGAGCCAUCCUGGCCCGCAGCAAGCUGGAGAGUCUGUGCCGCGAGCUGCAACGUCACAACCGCACCCUGAAGGAAGAGGGUGUCCAACGUGGCCGAGAAGAGGAAGAGAAACGCAAGGAGAUCACCUCUCACUUUCAGGUCACUCUGAAUGACAUCCAGGUCCAGAUGGAGCAUCACAAUGAGAGGAACUCAUUACUGCGGCAGGAGAACAUGGAGCUGGCUGAGAAACUGAAGAAACUGAUUGAACAAUACGAACUGAGGGAGGAGCACAUCGAUAAGAUACUCAAACACAAGGACUUGCAACAAGAACUGGUUGAUGCUAAACUCCAGCAAGCACAGGAGAUGCUGAAAGACGCAGAGUUGAAACACCAGCGAGAAAAAGAUUAUCUAUUGAAGGAGACGGUGGAGACUCAGAGAAUGUGUGAACUGAUGAAACAGCAAGAAGUUCAUAUGAAACAGCAGCUGUCGCUAUACACUGAAAAGUUUGAAGACUUUCAGAGCACACUUUCAAAAAGCAAUGAAGUUUUUACAACUUUCAAACAAGAGAUGGAAAAGAUGGCGAAAAAGAUCAAGAAGCUUGAGAAGGAGACGAGCAUGUACCGCAGCAGAUGGGAGAGCAGCAACAAGGCUUUGCUGGACAUGGCAGAGGAGAAAACUCUGCGUGACAAAGAAUUUGAAAGCCUCCAGGUGAAGAUCCAACGCUUGGAGAAGUUGUGUCGAGCUCUGCAGACUGAGAGAAAUGAUCUGAACAAAAGGGUCCAUGACCUGGGCGUGCAGUUAGCCCAGCAAGCUGGAGACAACAAGCAGGACGGGAAGGCGGAGGAGGAGGGUGCACAGUCUCUGAACAAAGUCACUCAAGAGAAUCCAAGUGAAGCUCCCAGUCCCACUGCCACAGAGCAGGCUGAGAGCCCAGCCCAAGAGACUUCACUGUCUUCUGAAGGUCCUGCCCAAAUGGGAGAGCAGAUUCUGUCGCCUGCAUUUACAGAGGGUCAAGUGAGAUCUGCUGAAGCUUCCAGCCCUCAACCCGAGUUAUUGGUGCUAAAGAGCUCUGCGGAGUAGGCUAGCACACCGAGGGAAAAGUGCAGGAGGAAGGGUACAGCUGAAUAUUAUGCUCCAGGGUGUCAUGAAUAAAUGAUGGAACUAGGGCUCAAAUACCUACAAUAAUUGGGUUUGGGAUGAAAGUAUUAUUUUAGUGGUUUGAUAAAUGGGUUCCCUUUAAGGCUUUGUGAUGCGGAGUGGACAUUUGAAUACCUCUCUCUUGCCUCCAGGAGUGAGGUAACUAAGAAUGAGUGGGGAAAGGUUGGGAUGAAUUGCAUGUGACAAAUAUAGCUGUCAAAAGAAAUCUGAGGGAAACUAUCAAUGGAAAACACGGACCAAAGGGGUCUUUAAAAAGACAGUCAGUCAGAAUGUCUUGCUCUUUCUGAUGAUGUGUUGAAAGGCAUGUUAAUGCACUUUUCAAGUCAAUAUUGAUUGAAGAGUCUUUUGUCCUGUUCUAUAUAUGUUGCACUCUUCCUUUGUCACUCUUUGGGGCAUGAAUCGCUCGCUCAGUUUUCUUUCCAGUUCCUCUUGAUCUCACUUUCCUAUCCUAACUCCUGCAGCGUAAAAAGGUAGGUGAUCUGCUUCAGCGUCUCUGCCUGUCUGUCUUUGAAGCCAGUUGCUGCAGAGCAUGAGACAAUGGCUUGGUAACGACAUGUCCUCUCUGCUAGUUUGGGGGGUGGGAGAGGCUGUUCUGCAGUCAGUCCUCCACUCUAUGCGCCAUGUUUUCCUGCUCCAGUCGGCUUUGCAACCAUCACAAGCAGCUCAGUACCGUGUACUUGAUGUGUAUGUGAUCAGUCACUUUGUGGUGAGGUAAAUGUCAGUGUUGACCACCAGAUUGAACUGGCAGCCAUGAUUGUGUCCAAAAGGCCUUUGAGGGAAUCUUUGUUGCUAUCAAACCACCCUCAUGCGUUGAGAUAAAAUAGCUAAAUACAAGAAUCUACCCUCUCCCCCUUUUUUUUCUCCCAAAAAAGACAUUCCACUUGCCCUGUUUCCCUAUUUAUGGCUUCCUUUGAAAUUCAAUAUUUCCUUUGUGUGGCAUCUGAAGUGCAGAUCAUGCAGAGUAUCUCUAUUACACAUCUCUGUAUUCACACAUAUGUUAUAUAAAUACAUCUGAUACAUCUGUUGCCAUUGCAUGUUAUUCCUGUUUGUGCUCCAGUUACCUAACAUCCAUUAAGCCAUGAAUGUUCUUGAACAAAGAGUCACAUAAGCAGCACUUUUUCAUAAAUACCAUCUUCACUCUGUUAUGUAGUCUCAAGGGUUUUUUAUUUGUCCCUCUCCCAGACUAUACAGUGGUCAGAAAAGUUAGUGGCUAUUCAUUUGCUGUCCAUGAUAUCAGGUACCAAAGAAGUGUUUCUGAAAUCCCACUGCCAUCUCUUGAACACUAAGUCCUUCAAGGAUGUUAUGAGAUGGUUGUAAAAUUCGUUCUCCCUUUUCCUUACUUAUUCCCUCUCUCUCUUCGUGUCACUUGAAACACAUUUUAUUUUUGUCGCUAUUUUCAACCUUGGUGAUGUCCUGCACAAAGGGCCCAUAGACCCUCACCUUGCUUCUCAGUAAAAAAAAUCCAUGGCAUCUUAAUAAAGUACAGUAUCUUGGAUAAUCCAACCCAGUACUAUACUGUUACCAUAUAGAACCUCUAUAUAUUUCAGUUGUCUGAUUAUAGCUGUAUUGAAUUGUGUUAUCUAACUUGUACAGUAUAGCUUUUGCCAUUUUUACUGAUGUUUAGGGAUUAAUUUUAACAUUGCAGUUCUUUAUGAAGCCAUCUUUUCUUUAAAUGGACUGCUGGAUUGUUUGCUGUUAUUGUGUGACAGGGAAUGCAUUUCUUAAAUAAUUUUGAGGAAUUUAAGGGCAUUUAAAGCCCACGACAGCCUUUCUUUCUGUGGACUGACAGGACUAGAUUUCCAUUUUCUUACAAUUACUGAGUUUAAAAUGUUUCUAAGUCUUGUGUUUUUGAACAGAAUAAGUCUCGACUCCAAUGUCUAACCUCCUUUCUCCACCUGUUAUCUUCCGACUGAUGGGGUUUCCAUAAACUAUCAAUUCAGUCGUCCCCUCCUCACCCAACAAAUUCUCACCAGAAAUAGUAGUUUUUCUCUCUUGUAUUUGUCUGGGAAAAUUGUUGCUAUUAAUUGAGAAACCAGUUGCUAAGUAACAAGGUGCAGUUGCUGACGUAUGUUGUGUUGUGGGAACUGAUUCCAUUUUGGCUCCCAAAUCGUUAGCCACGACUGUGAUUGAUUCAUGUGUCUCUGUACUCUCCUCUCUCCAGCUGUACUCUGAGGUCAAGCUUGGUUCCUAAACACAUUGUAUAAAGAAAUGUUGUUCAUGUCUCAAAAGCUUAAGGAGUAAUGGGACAAGGAAGAGGGAAAAAAACAUUUCCAACCUUAACCUAUAACCUUUACUUGGUUCCAGUAUUGUAGUUUCUAACAAUGAAAGUUUAUUGAACUCAAUGAUUUGGUCCUAAGGGCACCAUGUUAGCCAUCAGAACAUCACUGAUUCUCGGUAGUUUGGGAGCUGUAAUCGUAAUUGGCUUUGGGUUCCUGGCCCUGAUCAUAACAGAAAAUGCUAGACAUUCCCAGCACCCGUAGAACUGUAUUCCAAACUACAUCACCACCAGAGAUGUGUGUAACUGGGACUGGGCGCGUGGGGGGGGAGAAGAGGCUUAAAUACCUGGACUAGACAUAACCUGUACAAACUGCUAAAUCAUUGGACAUGAAAGCGACCAACUGAAUAUACACUCUGGAAGAAGAAGCAACAAUCCAGAGGAAUUCCUUGUAAACUGACCAAAUAAUUUAUAUGCACAAUGGGAAUAAAUAGUUGGGGACCAGAAAUAUAACAAACCUGAGCUGUGGUCUGUAACCAGCAAAGCUUCUGUUUUUUUUCCGCUGUGAAUUGUAUUCUUUUAAAUAUAUUAGCACCUUUAGCAAUUAGCUCUGUGUUGCGUGUGUUGUGAUGCCUUGAUUUAGUUUUAAUAUCACGUCCUCUCCUUCGUAAGUGUACAGAAAAGUCACCACCAGAAUGUGUAACUAAUGUUUACUUUGAUCCAGAAUGAAAACUGUUACCUCAUCUGCAGAAAGGGAACAUCUUCUUGUCUUGCAGCUACGGAAGAGAUUUCAUUCAGUUGGUGAGGGAUACAGAUCUUUGUAUUUGUGAAAGCCUCGCGCAGUAUCACAACAACUACACAUUGACCAACGGCAGUCUCGCUUUGCCUUACAUCCUAUUCCUGCUUUGCGGAGAGGUGUGUCAAAGGCUCUUUAAAAAUAGCUGUUAAACCUAGGUGCGAAUCUUUGAGAUGUUCUCCUUCCAGCAAGAUUGUACGACGAUGAGAGAAGCGUAGGCGAUGGCAGGCUUUUCAGAGAUUAAUGGCAAUAUGAUUGUAUUUAUGAAUGUUCGCUGUUUACAUUCCCAGCGUUUGGGCUGAAAUGAGAUCACCUUAAAUUGUUACUGAAGUGCAUUAAUCACAUUUGUAUGUGUUUUCCUUAAAAUAUGUUCAAACUGUGUGAGCAGAAAAGUUACUGACUUACAGCCUGCCUUUAUCUCGCUCAUUAUCACUGCUGCUUCAGCAAAAUACAUGCAGCUUCAGGCAGGGUUGGGAGAACUAGACUUGUUACCUUGGUUUGGUUUGGCCACUCUGGUUGUCAGUGUCUGGCCUGGGUAGACACAUACCAGGCUCCUUGUUUCAAUCAUUUUGUAGGCUGUUUGCAAGAUUGUGCUCCAAAACAUGGGGGGGAAAUCAUCUCAUCUUUUACAAUGUGUGGAUACUCUCCAGCGCGGGAAGUGCUUUUAUUUGGAACCACAUUAGCCACCAUUGCACUUUUAACGAACGAACUUAAAAUUGUGCAAAAAAUUCCCAGUCGGCGACACGUUUGUGAACCAGCACGUGACCAAAUGUGAGAGACACACUCAUUUUCCUAUACUUUUUUAAGACCAUGACGGCUGCUGAAUGAUUGUCCAUUAAACAUGAUUCAUCCCAGGCUGCUGCUUUGAAAUCAUCCAAUAUCUCAAAUGGCUAUUUACAUCCUCAAUUACCUUCUCUGAACUCUGAUGCCCAAUGAUUGCUAUUGUGACACCUUAAUGCCCAAUGAGGCCAAUGUCCACCUUGACUAUCACACUCAGCAGUUAAGGACCAUCAAUUUGAGAAGCGCUUUUAUUUUAAACCAAAUUGAGAAUUUGAGAGAAAUUGGAAGCCGGAUGAUACAAAACAUCCUGUAGUUGAAUAUUGCACUUUGGAAUUUGAUGAAGACCUCUUAUCCAUUUAUAAAUCGCCCUGAAACAGAUUAUUUCCACAAUAAUCACAAAUAAUCCAGAAAGCAUUCCUGGUGUCACAUCCCAGUCAUCUUAAACAAAACAUUGCAUGUAUUCACGAUAGAUUUAAUUAGCCAUUUAUUGACAUAUUUUGUAUAAGCCAGAAAAUAAUGGUGAUGGUGGCAAUUCACCUUUUUGUGAUUCCUAUUAUCUUCUGAUGAAUUAAUAACAAUUCUAGUGAUGGUCAACACUUGUAAAAGCUGUAUCCAUGUUUGGGUUGAUUAUAUUUACAAUGUUGAAGUUUUAAGCAUAUCUGUUAUGGCACCAAUUUAUUAUAUUUUGAACUUUAAUCUGUAAGGUGUGAUGGCAAAUAAAGAUCACUCUUAUCACAAGUUUAAAAAAAAA